GCUGUCACUCAGGGAGAAGGUGGACUGAGCAAGUUUGGUUGGAUCCGGUCCGGGAUCACAGAAAGAAAGAGAAAGAGAAAGAGAAAAGCGGCAGGAAAAUGCUACCCCUCUCAUUACUGAAGACAGCACAGAAUCAUCCCAUGCUGGUGGAGUUGAAGAAUGGGGAGACGUACAAUGGUCAUCUGGUCAGCUGUGACAACUGGAUGAACAUCAACCUGCGGGAGGUCAUUUGCACAUCUCGGGAUGGUGAUAAGUUCUGGAAGAUGCCAGAAUGCUACAUCCGUGGCAGCACCAUCAAAUACCUCCGGAUCCCUGAUGAGAUCAUUGACAUGGUAAAAGAGGAGGUGCUUUCAAAGGGUAGAGGUCGAGGUGGCCUCCAGCAGCAGAAGCAGCAACAGCAGCAGAAGGGGCGAGGCGUUGGUGGCGGGGCUGGGCGAGGAGUGUUUGGUGGCCGUGGUCGAGGGGUGGGAGGAACAAACCGAGGACAAGAGAAGAAACCGGGAAAACUAUCGGGAGUGAAGAAGCAGUGAGGAGAACAACAAGUUAUAUUCCACCCAUUAAACAGAUAAAGGAAAAGCUGUCGCCAAGUAACUUGAACACCACAGCAACACAAUAUCAACAAGAUUGCUUUGGAGGAUCCUGGAAGGGAAGGAUGUAUGGUCUCUGAGGACUCUGUUUGAAUGGGAGGUGGAUCACUGAAAAUGGGAAAAUAUCAAAAUGAGGCAACUUGUCUGGCAAGCAGUUCAACAAAGUAGCAACCAUGCCCCAAGGUAGACCAGAGAUCCUCAUCUUGGAAUGCUGCCUGUAUCGCUGUUCCCUGGACUCGAAAUACUGUGUGCAAACCCUACUAGAACAACCUGAAAGACUGACAACUCCUUUCUCCCCCACAGAUGCUGUUUGACCUGCUGAGUUCCUCCAGCAGAUAGUUUGUUGCUCCAGAUUCCAGCAUUUGCAGCCUCUUGUCUUCAGCUGGGGAAUUUAAAUUAAUUAAAUAAGUCUGAAAUUUAAUUAUACUAAAUCACAAUAGCUAUGAAACCUCUAACAUACUUUGAAUGGGGGAAUGGGGGUGGAAUCUGUUAACUUAACCUAGCCAUAUGCAACUCCAAAUCUCUCAAAGUGGUUUGUUCAUGAUUGCUGCUGCUUUUAAUGGAUAAUUACGGAUGAACAAUAAAUGCCAACGUGCAAACCCCUUGAAUGGAUAAAUAAUAAUGAUAAGAAAGACAGAGUUCUUCACUGUGCUUAUAUUGUUUAGAUUUGGAUUAGUAGACAGUGUGUCACUAUGUCACACAAUGACAGAGCCAGUGGUCUUUUGGAUGCCAGGGACCCCACCUUCACUGUGCCCAUGUUAAACAGUGAUGAGCUUGUACCCAGCAAUCUUGUAUCUUAAUCUCACAAACGAUAGUAUUAUAGAGGAAGAGCAUUGACUUGGUUUUUCUCCUUCUAAGUUUGCUGCCUAGCCUGAUCGCUUAGAAUUUUCUUCUUUCCAAUUUCCAAAAGCUGUGGGGGGGGUUUUUUGGCAUAUAGUCCAUCCUGUCCUCACUAGUCCCUUAUCCCAGGAGUUAGCAGGACAGGUCUGUACCACAAGUAUUGAGCCCCUGUGUUGCACGUGAUAGAUCUGUACUUGCCUGGAUUGGACCCUAGUGUUAUAGUAAUCCAACUUUGCACAGUGACAUGAUUACACUAAUACUGAUCCAAGCCUUACACAUCAUGAAUUGAACUGGGCAGGACAAGAUUACAUAGGUAAAUGAUGUUUCUCCAUGUUCUCUUCCCUGUAACCCUGUUUCUCAUUUUGAAGUAAAUUUGCAUUUUGCAUUUCUCACCA